UCGCUGCUGAUGUGACGAGCUUUGUGCUUGUUUUUUAAAGGCAGAUCGAUCUCCAGCAUGUUGAGCGAUGAAACUCUGGACUCGCUGUGUGUCCAAUCACUUUGGAGGAAAUCUCAGCAAUCCGCGCAGGAAUCGAGGAGCUGCCAGACCAGAGCCGUGGCCGUGGCCGAGGCCGAGGUCCAGACCGUGAGCACGGCCACCAGCUCCACCCAGACGGAGCUGCAGGGCCGGCCCACGGAGCAGCUCCAGGGGCCGCAGCCGCCACCGCCGGGCCUGCUGGACUUCCUCGGCCGGGUCCAGGACACGAUCCUCGGGGAGCUGGCCAGGAACGCCAGGAGCCACGCCUUCGAUGGGCUCCUGGCCCCCCGGGGAGAUCCGGGUCCAAAGGUUUCACGUGUUCACUGCCUUCAGCAUCCCAGCGCUCAGGAACGACAUCUCCAUGUGACCAGCCUAGACUGGAACUGCACCGGGGCCGUCGUCGUCUGUGCUUAUGGAAGAACCGAUGAAGGCGACUGGAGCAACGAGAGGUCUUGCGUCUGCAUGUGGAACCUGGAUCGGAGAAGUCUGCAGCCCAAACAAGCCGACCUGGUGAUCGACGUCCCCGCCGCCGUGUCGUCUCUGUGCUGCCACCCCGAGCUUCCCGCCCUCACGGCAGGCGGGCUGUACAACGGAGAGGUGCUGGUCUGGGACACAAGGCGGAACCAGGACCCGGUUCUGGCCCAGACCGGGAUGUCUGCAGACGGCCACAGGGAGCCCGUGUACCACGUGUCCUGGCUGCCCCUGCAGAAGGACGGGGAGUUCGGGGUGCUGAGUGCCGGCUCCGGAGGACGGGUGCUGCUGUGGACCCUGGACUCAGACCGGGGCCAGUUGGUGCUGGACGCUGCCUUUGCUCUGGUGCAGCAGCAGAUCCCGCAGAGCCUCAGGACCCGGGGCGGCGGCAGCAGCGUAGGCGUCACCUCCCUGGCUGUGUCUCCGUGGGACCCGGACACCUUCCUGCUGGGCUCUGAGGGCGGCCUGCUGCUGCGAUGCUCCUUCUCCUCCCAGACGCCGGCCGCGGUGCCCUCCGAGGGCCUCAGCGUGGCCCCGCGGGCCCCCGCCGUCUUCUCCUUCAAGCCCCGCAGCGGGCCCGUCUACUCCGUCCACUGCUCCCCUUUCCACAGGAACCUGGUUGUGAGCGCGGGGACCGACGGUCUGGCCCACGUCCACUCGCUGCUGCAGGCAGAGCCGCUGCUCAGCCUGCGGGUUUCAGACUCCUACGUGUUCCAGGUGCAGUGGUCCCCGACCAGGCCGCUGGUCUUCGCUGCAGCCACUGGACAAGGUGAGGUGCAGAUCUUCGACCUGGGCAGCAGGUCCCUGAAGCCGGCGGCCUCCAUCCAGGAGGAGGGAGCUGCAGGUCUGGCCUCCUGCUUGGCCUUCAACCGGCACCGGCCUCACCUGCUGGCCGUCGGGAAGACGGACGGGACGGUCGGCGUUUGGCAGCUGAGCUCCGACUUGACGGAGCAGAAGCCCAAAGAAACCCGCCAGCUGGACCAGAUCGCCAACGAGGCCACGGACUGAACUGAAACCCCAACAGACUUUGUUUUGUGUGUCAUGAAUAAAAACAAGAUGACAAGUUUCCAGUUGUAACCAGGGGCGGAUCUAUGGGUGGGCCUGGAUGGGCACAGGCCCACCCAGAUUGACAGCUUCCCCACCCAGUAAGAUUCAUGGAAAAAAUAUAUAUAUAUUUUUUUUUUCAUAAUAAUUCAUGAUCAGUUACCAUUGUGUCUGCCUUAAAAGUGUAAUUGUUAUUCUA